UGAACUCGACCAGGGAGUCAAACAAUGAAGCGGCAAAACCUCUGUGGGAUGAGUUGCUACCUGAGUUGCCUGGGCGUCGGCGAAGUACCGCAAGGUACUGGCGUCGUCGUAUAUUCCGCUGAGACAAAGUGCAUGCUGUAUGCAGAGCAUUGUAGGAUAUCACGACAGAAUGUGCCGGAUGGUCGUCCUCUUCAACCGCUCGGGCGCGAAGACUUCAAAUUGGGGAUUAGUUUAUCCUGCCCAGCUCGAAGGGCCCUAUUCUUUCGCGCAAAGACGCGACUAUGAAAGGCGAGUCUGGACAAAGCGAGCGAGAGAUUUUUUCUCUUGGAUAGAACGGUGAAGGAAGU